UGGAGCUGUUGCAUCAAUUAUUCUACUGCCUGCUGUACGAACAUUAUCACCGCAUGUCCAUCUCCAUCUCCUCUGCGCCGAGGCUGCUGUUCCUCUAUCCUUGCCUUGAUGCUGCAUGGAACUUGGCAGCCACCAAAAGUCUGCGAAGAACGCGUCUGCCGAGGCAGAGACUUCAUCGAUAUAGCACAGCCGCUUCUCCAACGGCACAACCCAUCGCCGAGCUUGAUGCUGGUCCUCCUGUGUCUGCCACGACGGUUGACGUCCAUCAAUACGACCAUCUAGAUCCAGUACCCCUCGAUUACUCCUCUGCGCCAUUCACUGAUGCAUGCACUCUGAGUGUAGCUGCUGGCACUGGAGGUCAUGGCUGUAUAUCCUUCUUGCGAGAGAAAUACAUUGCCAAUGGGCCUCCGAAUGGAGGUGAUGGCGGCUUCGGCGGCAGCGUGUAUAUUCAAGCUGUGCAAGGUGAGACGAGCCUGCAUAAGCUCGCUCGAAGAGGUCUUCUGAAAGCUGGGCGAGGUAAAAAUGGCCAGGGCAGUCUCAAAGGCGGCGCAAGAGGCGAAGACAUACUGAUAACAGUGCCUGUGGGCACUGUGGUCAGAGAGAUCUCAAGAAAUGAUCCCAUGGAGGCAGUUGAAGCAGAGGAGGCGAGAGAAGAACACCAGCGACGCUCGCGUCCACGUCGGCAAGCUAAGGACCAGGACGAAGAUGCAGAAAUCCCAGAGCAGGAGGCGGAAAACCCAGAAGUGCAACCUGACAAAUGGCUGCUAUAUCCUGGAGGUCUGCCGAAGCACUUCACUGCUGACGAUUUACCUCCUCUCCCUCGCCCUCGCCGAAGUCCGCUUGCCGCCAUUCAGCCUCCGAAGCCUCUUCGUCUCGAUCUCGACCAACCAAUGGAUACGCCUCUGCUGCUAGCGGCAGGGGCAGUGGGUGGAUUGGGCAACCCACACUUCGUCAGCAAGACAGUCUUCAAGCCAAAGUACGCAACGAAAGGGCAGGAUGGCAUAAGGAUCAACCUGCAGCUGGAGCUGAAACUGCUUGCGGACAUUGGUCUCGUGGGGUUGCCCAACGCUGGCAAGUCUACAUUGAUGCGGGCCAUCACCAGGUCGAGAACAAGAGUCGGAAAUUGGGCUUUCACAACAUUGGCACCCAACAUCGGCACACUCGUGCUCGACAACAAUGUGGGACGGCCAGUCUUGGACACUAAAGGCCGACGUAAAGCGCCCCGAGAAAGAUUCACCAUCGCUGAUAUUCCUGGUUUGAUUGAAGAUGCACAUCUGGACAAGGGACUGGGCUUGGGCUUCCUCCGCCACAUAGAGCGUGCGGCGGUGCUGGCUUUUGUUGUUGACCUCAAUGCAGGCGAUGCUGUUGAAGCAGUGAAAGCUCUUUGGCGUGAGAUCGGCGAGUACGAGAAGUUGCGAGAGCGCGAGCUGAACGCCGAGAAUGAGCGUGUGAAGGCACAAGAGGCUGCUGCUGUUGCUUAUGAGCCGUUUGGCAGCUCAAUAUCGCCAGGCUUCGACCCAGAACCGAGUGAGCAGGCAGAUGACUCUACUCUCCUUGAUCCUACAGCAGGUCGCCAUCUUCCACCACUGUCGCUCCCACCGAUCAGCAGCAAGCCUUGGCUUGUGGUUGCAACCAAAGCAGAUCUGCCGGGCACACAAGAGAAUUUCCAAUCGUUACAAGGCUACCUGAGAAGGGUGGAAAGUGGUGAGGAGGCACAUCCAAGUGAUAAACGAAAUGCUUGGAGGAAGAGCCUUUAUUCUGUGCCUGUGUCGGCCAUCAACAAGCAAGGCGUGGGAACACUGCCUGAGAUACUGCUGCGGUUGUUAGAUGAAUGAGCACGCGCAUACAGGCGCACCAUUGUGAGCACCAAAGUGAUGUACAGUGCUUUCUCCAUGGAGAUGACUGAGAAGUGAAGAAACUCCACAAUCAGCACCACCAGUGCCAAGAGUGGCAGGCCGAAACAUGAGCUAGCGUCUGUUGCUUCGCGGCGAAUCGGUGCUCUCGCCAGCGGAACAGGCCGAACUGAUGCUUUGGCGGUCAAUAUUCGCACGAUCAGCGGGAGAGCUUGUUAUCAGAACAAUCAGCAGCUCUAGGGCUAUGCUUGCGCAAUAUUUCGUAUCGUCAGAAUUGAGCGCAACAUGCUGCUCAUUCGUGCUCGCUGAUAGGUUGCUCAGAUCAGCGAUCCACUAUCAGCGUGCACAUGCACGUCAAAGUGCCCUGCUGCUUGUCUAGCCGACCUCAACGUGGGACGGACGCCUUUCACAUGCACGAACGACUCGGCG